AUGGCCAUCUUCUUCAUCAUAGUAUGGACAAUUUGGAAAGAGAGAAAUCUUCGCACUUUCGGAAACUCAUCAACAUCUAUAAAGGACCUGAAAGAUUUGGUCCUGCUCAGGCUUGGAUGGUGGAUAUCGGGCUGGGCAGACGACUUUCCAUACUCCUUAUCAGACAUCUCUCGCAACCCAGAUUGUUUGCUAUGGAAUGGCUGCGGAAAAACAGGCGUCUCUCAUCCCAUGAGUCAAAUUCCAAUAUCAUGGUGCCCUCCUGAUAUUAAUUGCAUUAAAUGGAACGUUGAUACAUCUGUGAAUCCUCUUGAAUCAAGUUCAGCAAUUGGAGGUGUCCUUCGAAAUCAUAGAGGGAACUUCUUAUGUCUCUUUUCGUCUCCCAUUCCAUUUAUGGAAAUUAAUUGUGCUGAAAUAUUAGACAUCCACCGUGCAAUCAAGAUUACGUUGUCAAGCAACAUCUACAAAAACAGCAAGAUAAUUCUAGAAUCAGACUCAUCAAACGCAAUGCUAUGGAGCAACAGUGAAGUUGGAGGGCCAUGGAAUUUAAGCUUUCAUCUCAACUUCAUUCGAAACGCAAGAUUGAAGAAUCUUAACAUCAAUAUUGUCCACAAGGGUCGCAAUGCAAAUUUUGUAGCUGAUUCACUUGCCAAGCAAGGCCUUCACCGACAAUCAGAAUUUAUAGCGUGGCUAUAA